GCACGUCCAACUCACACCAUAAUUCUAUCCUGCUCACCUCGUCGGAUCUCACCUCAGGCUCCGUCAUGGAAGAGCCCAUCGGCCUCAAUGCUGGCCUCACAAACUACGGCGACCCGGAGUUUGCCCUCUUCCUGAGGAAGGCCUUUAUCAAAGGGGCAGGAUUCAGCGACGACGCGCUCGAUCGCCGUGUCGUGGGUGUCGCGGACACCCGUUCAGGCUACAAUCCAUGCCAUGCAAAUAUCCCCACGCUCAUCGAGGCCGUGCAACGGGGCAUCAUGCUCGCCGGCGCGCUUCCCAUCUCGUUUCCGACCAUCUCGUUACAUGAGAGCUUUGCGCAUCCCACAUCUAUGUUUCUCCGUAACCUCAUGGCGAUGGACACGGAAGAGAUGGUGCGCGCGGCACCCAUGGAUGCGGUGAUCCUCAUUGGAGGCUGUGACAAAACCGUACCUGCACAACUUAUGGGCGCGAUAUCCGCCGACGUGCCAGCCAUCCAACUCGUCGUCGGCCCCAUGGUCACAGGAAGCCACCGCGGCUCACGCGUCGGCGCAUGUACCGACUGUAGAGGCUACUGGGCACGACACCGUGCGGGCGAGAUCGAUCUCGAGGAAAUCGCCGCAGUCGGCAACGAGCUCGUCCCCAGCGCCGGCACGUGCGGCGUCAUGGGCACGGCGUCAACUAUGGCCUGUCUCGCUGAGGCGCUGGGAAUCUCCCCGCUCGGGUCGGCGUGUCCGCCCGCUAACGGUAGCCAGCGCCUCCGCGUUGCCGAGCUCACGGGGAAGCUUGCCGCGCAGGGUCUUCCGCGCCCCAGCGCUGUGUUGAGCAGAAAGAGCUUCGAGAACGCAAUCACGGUCCUCCAGGCGAUUGGAGGGAGCACGAACGCCAUCGUACACCUCCUCGCUAUUGCAGGGCGUGUUCCCGGGCUCAACCUCUCCCUGGAUGAUUUUGACCGCAUCGGGCGCUCAACCCCGCUUCUCGUCGACCUCAAGCCGAGCGGGAGCGCGUACAUGGAAGACUUUUAUCGCGCGGGCGGCGUGCCGACACUCUUACACGAAUUGCGACCGCUACUUCACCUCGACGCGCUCACCAUCACGGGUCAGACGUUGGGUGAAGCCCUCGCCGCCCACAAGGUCUUCGCACAGGACAUUGUCCGACCCCUCGCCGACCCUCUGUAUUCCGCCGCCGCGCUGAUUGUUCUGCGCGGCAACCUUGCCCCGAGCGGCGCAGUCUUGAAGGCAUCUGCGAUGGCGCCCCAUCUGCGAAAGCACCGCGGCCGCGCAGUUGUCUUCUCCAGCGCCGACGACAUGCUCGCUCGCAUCGACGACCCGGAUCUCGUUGUAACAAAGGACUCGAUCCUUGUGCUCCAGAACAUCGGCCCUGUCGGGCACCCAGGAAUGCCCGAGGCCGGGUACACGCCCAUUCCGAAGAAACUGGCGCGCGCCGGCGUGAAGGACAUGUUGCGGAUUAGCGAUGGGCGGAUGAGCGGCACAGCGAGUGGCGCCGUCGUGCUGCACGUCGCGCCGGAGGCGGCGGUGGGUGGACCGCUUGCGGCCGUGCGCGAUGGAGAUGAGAUCGAGCUCGACGUUGAAACGCGGCGUCUGCACCUUGACGUUGAGGAGGGCGAGAUACAGCGCCGGCUGGGGGAAUGGGCGGCACGCCAGGGGCGGGGACGAGUGGGACGGGAGCGGCCUCGACGCGGAUACGAAGCACUGUAUGAUCAGCGCGUUCUCCAGGCGGAUCGGGGAGCAGACUUCGACUUUCUUACGGCGGAGGGCAAUUAGGGUGGCCAGUUGUAACAUGUGGUGAUGAUGUGGCGCUCUCACAACGCGAUAUACUUGGUCAUGGAUGUAUGCUCGGGUCCGUGCGUACCUAUCAUUUCGCUCCCAAACAGCUGUGGCCUGCCAUAUUGCAACGGGAUCAACGCCCCGUACCAGACAUCCAUACGAAGAUGUAUAUC